AUGUCUGAGAUUGCGACUUCUCAGAGCUUCACUGAGCCCUCCCUGAUCUCGACCCCCCCAAUCGCGCUUCUCUGGACCUAUGAAUUUCGUCGUCAGAAUGGCGUUCUCACUUCCCGACUUUUGGACGUCAAGGAGCAGCUCAACCAGACCGAGCAGCUCACCGAGCUCCUCUCCAAGUACCUGAACGACCUCAUCGUCAUCAUUGCAUCCAUAGCAGGUGCUGUGACCAGCCACUCUCGCAGUGCUGAACAACGCAUUCGCCUGCUGCACCACCUGCUCGCCCAGGCUCUCGAACCCCUGUCCGAGUACGAGGCCAGCAUGGACCUGAAUGACCAGGCUUUUAUAGACUGUAUUGCGCAGCUCAAAACUCUCUAUGACCUGCCUGCUUUUUUAAUUGACGAGAAUGAGGUCUAUACUGCACACUUGCUUUCCACUGCUCCCAGCCCGACAUCAGUCGGCAUGCCCGAGCCAACUGCAUCUUCCAACAACGAUCCAGGCCUCACUGACCGUCUGCUCGCCGCGUCGACCAGUUCAUUCGACAAAGACACCAUCCAGGAUGAUCCUAACCCGCCCGCCGACGCUGCUGAGAAUGCGCUCGCGAUGAAACUCGACGCUGUCAUGCAGCAGGAAGGCCGUCCCCUCGAGGGCUACUUCGAAGCCGCCUGCGAAUUCCGCCGCGACCAGAUCCGCAUGCGCCAGGCCAACGACUCCGUUUUCAUUGAGGCGUUCCUAGCAGGCUGCGAUAACAAGCUGUACCGCCGUCGUCUCACCCACGCCCUGCGCAAGAACGGUUGGUACUGGACCUGGCUCGCCCAUGAGGUGCAGUUUCUCAUCCUGGAACAAGAAUACAUGGACAAGCAAAACUAUGCCCUGGAGCAUGUCCUACCGGACGGCACAUUCCUCUGGCCCGACGGUACCUGCAAGCGCCGCAUCGUCACUUUGCCUCCUAUCACCGAGGAAGACCUGACUGACUCUGAGUCGUCCAAUGCGGAUUGA